AUGGAGCUAGUAAACACCUCGUCCCACUGGCUGGUGUGGAGUUCCGGCGCGCCUGAGGCGGCGCUGCCGCUGCGGCUGGACAGUGACGUCAUCUGGGCGCGGCGGCAGGGCGCCGCUAUGCUGCUGUACGCCCUCUACCGCGUGCACCCGGCGCGGCCGCUUUCCAUCCGGCCAGCCGGCCACUGGUCGCCUGAUACUGGGAUCGUACUACACCGCAGCGCGCUGGACAACGGCUGGAGGCUUCUUGACGGGCUCGUACUGGGGGCGGCUGGAGUGGUGGUGGAUACGCCCCCGGACAGGCUGGGGGAGCGCCUGCUCGUCGUGCAGGACCGCCACCUGGACACCAACAUCCGCUUCGGCUGGGACCUGUGCCAGAAGCUCAGCUUCAUGUUCAACUUCUCGGUCGUGCUGUACAAGACGGAGUCGUACGGCUAUCUGACGCCGAAUGGCUCGAUCGACGGGCAAGCGGGCAUGCUGUACGAUGGCACCAUUGACCUCGCGCUGUCUUCGCUGAUGCUGUCACACCACAGACUCGACUUUAUCGACUUCAGUGCACCCUCGCGCAUGUGGACGCUGAAGAUGGUGUUCCGGCACCCGCCGUCGCGCGCCGUCUACGGCACCAUCUUCCGGCCGUUCACGGCGCCGCUGUGGCUGAGCAGCGGGCUGCUCUUCUCGCUGGUGCUGGUGGCGGCGCGGCUCAGCUGCUGGGCCGCCGCGCACCUACCUUCUGACAACUCGUGGAGCGCCGCCUUCCUGCUGGUCUCCUCCGCCAUCAGCCAGCAGGGCACGACGCUAGACACGGAGCGGCCCAGCUGGCGCAUGCUGGUGUUCCUGAGCUUCGCGUGCGCCCUGCUGCUGGACACCUACUACACGGCCGCCAUCGUCACCUCGCUGCUGCUGCCCCCGCCCAGGACCAUCAACAGCAAGGCCGAUCUGCUGCACAGUGAGCUCGCCGUCGGCAUGGAGAACAUCAGCUACACCCACGAGUACUUCGAGAGGAGCAGCGAUCCCGUGGACCACGCGCUGAUGGCCCAAAAGGUGUGGCCGCGAGGCGCACCCGAGCCCAACUACCACAGCUUGCUGGAGGGCGUGCGCAAGGUGGCCACCGAGGCGUUCGCCUUCACCGCCGAGGACGUCAGUCUCUACCCGCUGCUCGACCGCUACGUCACCGAGGCCGACAAGUGCUCGCUGGUCGCGAUCGACUUCAUGAAGUCGCGCUCCACCUACAUGCCAGUGCGCAAGAACUCCCCUUACAGGGAGCUCGUCACUAUAGGGCUGCGCAAGCUGCUGGAGAGGGGCCACAUCAGCCGCACGCGCAGCCUGUGGCACGCGCAGCCGCCCGCCUGCCUGCGAGAGUCGGAGUUCGCCACGGUGGAGCUGGUGACGCUCGCCCCCGCCUUCAUGCUGCUGGCCGCCGCCGUGGUCCUCGCCACUCUGCUCCUCGUGUUGGAACUGCGCAAUGCCGCCAGGAACAUAAAGCAGUCAUUUCUGCGAAGAGGACGCUCUGGCCACCGCACUGAGGGUCUGGUCGUGAACACGCCUCAGAGCCAGGAAGUCACCACCUCGCAGCGGGAGCCUCUUCCGGUGUCUGCUGCUGUCCCUAGGACGGGGCCUCCAGUCUUUGCUUACUACGAUUAG